AUGUCCGACAACGAACUGUCAGCCACAAUAUCAACUCCAGCUGGGAAUUCAUGGUCUCCAUCCAUGCAUAGUCUACUGACUAGAUCAUCCAUUCCACCUUCAAGCGUUAAAAAAGAAAAUCGACUUAUUAACGAGCUCGGUUCAUUACACGAACAAAUCGAGCAACAUUGGUCAGUUACCCUCUACGAUCUUACCGAUGUUACUAAAUGGAAACUCACGCUUGCCGGUCUUAGCAAAUCUCCAUAUGAAGGCGGUUCAUUUGAGAUAGAGGCCAUAUUUUGUGAAAUGUAUCCAUUUAAGCCACCGCAGUUACGAUUUAUUACCAAAAUUUUCCAUCCGAAUGUGGCUUCCGAUGGGUUCUGUUGUUUGGAUAUAUUUACCACAUGGAAAUCUUCCAUUUCAAUGCGGGAGAUUCUGAAAAAAGUGUAUGAUCUUGUUUUGACGCCUGAUCUAGAUUACUCUGUUUCGCAUGAAGCCGCGAUGAUAUUCAACACAUCACAUGAAGAGUUCGAAGCAAAAGCAAUGGAGUGGACGCAAAACUUUGCUAUUAAGCAAACUGAGUCGAACCGCUCCGAAGAAUCGUCUCGUUCUACCUCACCUGAGUCGUGUUCCACAGAAGCAGAAGAUGCAUCCGAAAACGGCGAACAAAUUAGUCAUCCAGAAGAUACAUCUAAUACAUGUGUGCCGUGGUUCUACAAAUGGAUCAAUACGCCGAAUAGUGAUAAUAAUUGGCAAACGUUUUCCGAUGUUGAUACAGCUACCCUAGAAGAUGCGUAUCUAAAAUAUAAGGAACGAGUGGAUCUCGGCCACUGUGUCAUAGAUUUGAAUAAAUAUGUGCUAUACCACAAAAUUGAUCAGCCUAUCCAAGCUAGGAUCAAACGUGCUGGUGAUUCUGAAACUGAUUACCAUUCUCGUGGCAAAUCUUAUGAGUCGAAGACAGAUACAAAAUGUGUUACCUUCUAUAAAGAUGAGUCUUGCAGAAAGAUUCCAACUAUCACUCUAUGUUUGCAAGUAGACGAUAGUGUUGAUGCUGUAAUAGAAGGUAUCCGUCAAGCAAUGCCCAAUAGUGAGUCUCAAGCCAAUGUGAUAAUUGCAGAACUCAAGGAUAGGGCUGCUAGUGAUGCUUCUCUGUUUUAUAUUGCCUGUUUGCAUCAAUACACAAAGUGGUCAUUUCUCAGCACACUCGUUAAUGAAUUCUUGCGGGAAGAAGAUUCGAGUAGGGUCAAUGCGCUUGGCCCUUUCGUCAAACAGCUACUUUUAUGCUUCAAAAAGCAUCCUCUCAAGCUUGAGAAAAAAAUGAAAGUAUAUCGCGCGAUAAAUCUUGACGAAACGCAACUAGACAAGUACGAGCAAUGUGUUGGUAAAACCAAUCUUCGAUGGCCUAACUUUUCGUCGACAAGCAGAGAGCGGACAGUGGCUGAAAAGCGUGACAGUAAUACUUUGAUGAUUAUUACGUUGAAGCGGUGCUAUCCAGACAAUGACCGACGAGCUGCUGAUAUUGUAUAUGCAUCUGAAUUCCGUGAAGAGCAAGAAGUGCUUCUAAGAGCUGGUGUAGAGUUCUCGGUUAAACGUUGCCUUUAUGACAAAACAAGAGAAAAACAUUAUCUUCGAAUUCAUGCAUAUGUCUGA